AUUACCAUCAUCACUUAGCAGCCCACAUACCAAACCUAAAUUGCAAAACAAUUCUCUCUCUUUACUUCUUUUUUCAACCUUCCUUCUCACCUUUUCCCUCCUUUUGCCACCUUCUCUUGCUUGCCCCUUCCCACACUCCCCUCUCCUCAUGUCCCUCCCUCAAGCUUCUCCCUUCUUUCUCUCUCUCUCUCACAAUCACAAGAGUGCACUUGUCUUUCCAAAUAUAUUUAUAUAUACAUGGCAAAGGGGUCCGAGAUCUUCUUUUUUUCCACAAGAUCAUUCAUGCUUCUCUAGUUUAUGAUAUCCUUGCUUUUCUUUGUCCCAACAACAGCAGAAAAACAUUGAAGAAUUGGGUUGAAGAAGAAUCAAGAAGCUAUAGGGCCUUAUAGAAAUGGAUAGAAGGGAAAUUUUCACCAAAAUAUUCCUCCUGUUCUGUCUCUUGCUCUGUCCAGGUCCAAGUGAUGCUAGGAAGGUUGAUAUUUCCACUGACAAAAGGGACAUUACCACUCCAAUAACAACCGUCCCCACAAUAAUUCCCAGCAUUCCCACUUCAUCCGAUCCAGUUUUGAAUCCCAAUUCGAACCCGGAUUCGUCAUCUCCGGUGACCAUGACUCCGAUGACGGUUCCAACUACAAUGACAUCCCCUGUAUCUUCAGGGGGCAGCUGGUGUGUGGCUAGCCAGAGUGCAUCCAAGACUGCAUUACAAGUUGCUCUAGACUACGCCUGUGGCUACGGUGGUGCUGAUUGUGCAGCAAUUCAGACCGGAGGUGGCUGCUACAACCCCAACACUGUUCGUGAUCAUGCUUCUUACGCAUUUAACAGCUAUUACCAGAAGAAUCCAGUUCCUAGUAGCUGUAAUUUUGGAGGGACCGCUGUUACUACCAGCACAGAUCCAAGUGGCGGGACAUGUCAGUAUCAAUCCACAAGCACAAGUUCUUCUGUCUUAAACACUACCAAUUCAAAUGGUUCACAUGUUUUCGGUGCCGUGCCUUCACACCCAUCUCCAUCAGCUGCCGCCGCCACCAAAUUGACCCGCUCGCCGCCGUUUCUUCCAGUGGCAUGCCUCAUUUUGUUGCUGGCUAGAUUCUAUCAAUAGAACUAGAUGAACAGAUGAAAACCUCAUUCAUUUUUUUUUUAUUUUAUUUCUGAAGCAAUUCUCUCAGUUGCCACAAGGUUUUUGAUUUUUCAUGAAAACUAAGGUGAACCAACAUUUUUCGGAGAAGUGCUAGCUAGUUGGCUUGACUGGAGGCAUGAAUCCCAGGAGAUCGGUUUUGGUGUGUAGAUAAGUUGUUUACUGAUGUAUCCGUAACAUGUAGGAAAAGGAAAUCAGGAAAGAAACAUGUUUUAAUUUUCAGUUUGUGUGCUUUUGUACUUGAAAACAGUUUAAAGUAUAGCAAUAUAUAUUUCUUGCUUUUCA